AAUGGCAAAGUGAAUGUUCGUAGACUCCAAUGUUUCAUAAUAUUGUGUCUCUCAUGGAUUCUGAGAAUAUGGCUCGUGUACAUGCUAACUUUGUGAUAGUAGUAAUUCCUUUGUCGUUGAUGAUUUGUCGAUGAAAUGGAAUGUCAUCUACUUUAGCCUUACGUUCAGGGUGUAUUUAUGUUUUUCUUCCUGAGGAACGUAACGUUAUUGGUGUCUGAUGUUGUUGCUGAGUCUAGGUGUAGGCCUACGUUAAAAAUGAGUUCUCCUUACUUUGCUGUAAAAGACUCCAGUAGUGUUGUUGUAAGAACCAAGAGAGGACUCGAGAACCCUCGCAGUCUAUCCGUGCUUAAAAGUAGAAUGGCCUCGAGUGUGAAGACUCCAGAUUCUGAUUCAGUGGGAAUUAAGGAGGAGAAAGAAGAGCACAGCAUAACUUCACACAAGAACAUAGUGGCUCAUGGAUCCCGGGAAGAAAAAGUCUCCAAGAACUCUGAAGUCUGUAAACAAAAUAACAAAACUGUCCCUGAAAUCCACACCUUGCCUGCCUCAUCUAGCAAGCCCAGGAGAGCUCAGGUGAAGGUGGAGUAUGAACUGGAGAAUGGUGCUGCAGUGAAACAGGAAAAUAAUUGGGAACCUACCAACUGGACACAACAAAUAUCAAAUAUCCGUGAGAUGAGGAGCGUCCGAGACGCACCUGUGGACCAGAUGGGUGCUGCCAAGUGCUUUGAUACACAGGUUUCAGCCGAGGUGAUGCGCUACCAGGUGUUAAUUUCACUCAUGCUCUCUAGUCAGACAAAAGACCAGGUGACUGCAGCAGCUAUGCAAAGACUGCGAGCCCAUGGCCUCACGGUAGCUGCCAUCCUUAAUACAGAGGAUGAUACUUUGGGGAAACUCAUCUACCCAGUAGGAUUUUGGAGGACCAAAGUGAAAUACAUCAAGCAGAGCACAGCCAUGAUACAGCAGGAGUACGGUGGGGACAUCCCCAACUCUGUGGAUGGAUUAGUACGACUGCCUGGAGUGGGGCCCAAGAUGGCACACCUCGCCAUGGAUAUAGCCUGGAACCAAAUAUCUGGCAUUGGGGUGGACACACAUGUGCAUCGCAUCUCAAACAGGCUGGGUUGGACUCGAACCACAACAAAAAACCCAGAGGAGACGCGUCGGGCUUUAGAAGAGUGGUUGCCAAGGGAGCUGUGGAGUGAGAUCAACUGGCUGCUGGUGGGGUUUGGUCAGCAGGUGUGCCUGCCUGUUGGUCCACUGUGUGCCUCAUGCCUCAACAGGCACUGCUGUCCCUCGGCGUUUAAGUGUUCCCCAAGGAAGAGACCUCCAACCAGUGACCCCAGGUCUCCAGAGAAGAGCACCAGCCAGGGCAAAGUCAAGGCAAUGUCCCCAUCUAAGCCUAAGAUCAAAGAGGAGCACAACCCUGUUUCACCUCCUGCUCUGGACAAUAAAUGUCAAUCGUCAGCAGCUCACCAGUCCACUGGUCACUGCAGCAUGAAAGAGGAGCCACAGACUGCGCCUCUAUCCCCCCGUAUUCUGAGAAAGAGAUCAAAAAUAUAGACCGACACUUCUUCACUACACUGACCUUUGUUGACCAAUGUUGUUUAUGUAGUUCAAAUAUGUAUAAAUAAGAUUGACUUUUAUACAGCACAUCCAUGUAAAUUGUUGUUUUAAAAUGUUUUAUUUUUCAAGUCUAACUCUUUCUACUUGCCACUAGAUGGCACUCCUUGAUCACAGAGCUGGUAUUUCUAACACUAUACUGUAGGCUAGAUUAUGUUCUGUCCAUGUACACAAAAUAAACUUAACAUCUUUUUGGUAAA